AAUGAAUUAGACUAAGCCUCAAAUUUUUCUCCAAAAAAUAAAUAAAUAAUCCCACCAGCACUACGCGGGCAAGUCAGAGCAUCGUAGCUGUUUGGGUCUCCCCAACACCGCAAAGAAAAAUAAAAAUACUGUGAUGAUCCCUUGCCGCACCAUCAAACUUUGACCAAAGCCUCAUUUAAUAUCAGAAAUAUUGGCUGAUUUUCUCUUUACAAUAAAGAGAAAGCGACGGCCAAACCCGUUCCGCACCCUCUAUACGUCUCAGAAGACCCACCAAACCGCCCACUGUCCGUCACGUUGAUAAAGGAGUCUCGGUCCUAUUUAGUGGGCCAUUUUUUCGGUGUGAUAAACAUAAAGAACCCACCCUUCGUCUCACGUCACCCCAACUCGCCCGUUCCCCUUUGACUCCCCUCCUCUUCAAUAACUCCCUUUCCCUUUCCCAUUCCCAUUUCCAAAGCCAAUGCAAGUUAUUCGCAUGAACGAAUAAGAAAUAACUCUGUCGACGCCGAGAGGAGCAAGAAGAAGAAGAAGAAGAAGAUGGGCAGGAAAGAGGAGAUAGUUCAGCUGCAGAACCUUGGGGUUAAGGUUCCGAGCUUUUUCAGAUGCCCAAUCUCGCUCGACGUGAUGAAGUCGCCGGUGAGCCUCUGCACCGGUAUCACCUACGACCGGUCCUCGAUACGGCGAUGGCUUGAUUCCGGCAAUAACACCUGCCCCGCCACCAUGCAACCGCUUCCCUCUACCGAUCUCGUCCCCAACCUGACUCUCCAGCGCCUGAUUAACUUUUGGUCGGCUUCCGCCGCCGCCGACACGGCCGAUCUUGUUCCCAGCCACCCCGCCGCCGAUCUUCUCCGAGACCUCAGCUCAUCUCCAAACUCCGCGCCUUGCCUUCGCCGGCUUGCCGAUUUUCUCCUCGACGCAGACAAUGAGGAUUUUGAUAAGAACCGCCUUAUCGCAUCUGGCAGCUGUGCGACCACGCUUACCUCCGUGGUUAACGAAAAUGCCUCCAAGAUCGAAAUCCUGGAAGCUGGUGUACGGGUUUUAGCCCUAAUCCUCACAGCUGAAUUCAUCGAGGAGAGCAAUAAGAAGCUCGUGGUUUCUUCCCUCGUCUCCAAUCUUGAUUCAUCCGUGUCCAGUCUGCUUUCCCUGCUAAAAGAGGGAAAAAACCCCGAUUCACGAGUCGAUGCUGCUCGGGUAUUGGAUUCCAUCUUAACAUCGUUUCCGGACUCUAGGAUUCCAAUCUCGGAGAAGCCGGAUCUGAUCCCGGAGCUGAUCCGGCUGAUUGGAUCCACGGACGAAGGGAUCGGGAAGGAGAAGAUGGAUAGAUCCGCGAUCGAGGCCGGGCUCUCGUGCCUGGUAGCGAUCUCUGGCGUCCGGCGCGCGAGGGCGCUUAUGGUGAAGAAAGGCGUCGUCGCGGCAGCGAAGAAGAUUUUAACAGCCGAUGUCUCGAUGGCCCCAGCGACUGCUGCAGAGAAGGCGUUGAAGCUUCUGGAGGUUGCUUCAGGGCUACCGGAGGGAAGAUCGGCGAUAUGCGAAUCGGCAGAGGAUUUCAUGGGCGCGAUUCUAGGGAGGAUGAUGAAGGUGGGGAGAAAGGGGACGGAGGCCGCAGUGAUGGUGCUGUGGAGCGUUUGCCAUCUGUUUCGGGAUCAGCGGGCGGUGGAGGCGGUCAUGGCCGCUAACGGCGGCGUGACAAAAAUUUUGCUAUUGAUGCAAAGCGAUUGCUCGCCGGCGGUGAGGCAUAUGUCGGGAGAUCUGCUGAAGGAUUUCCGGGUGAACUCCAAGAGCUGUAUCGCCGGCUACGACACCAAGACCACGCACAUUAUGCCAUUCUGAGAAUAUGCCAACAACACAAGAAAGUGAAAUUUACUUGUAAAUGCGUAGAGUUUUUAGCCAUGAAAAAGAAUACGAAAAGCCAGAUAAAUAUUUUUCUCCAA